AUGGCCUCUGCUCCUCCACACGACCAACCGGGGACGUCUGCACAAACCCCAAAGGUGGCAGCAGACAAGCAGCAGCAACAACAACAACAACAACAACAUCAGCCCCUCCCACUGCCAGAGCCUCCAAAGGAAGGCGACACCAUCAACUUGAACGUUGGCGGCGAGGGCGUGCGACUGGACCACAUGGGCCCCCUCGUCGUGAAUCAAGACGGGACCAUGAGCCGCAUCUCCAACUGGGCAGAGAUGAGCGACAUUGAGAGGGAAAAUACGCUGCGCAUCCUGGGAAAGCGGAAUCAACAGCGUCUCAAGAAGUUGAGGGAGGAGAAGGAGGCGGCGGGCGAAAAGGCUGAGGAUUCUCAGUGA